GCAACGGGGAAAUACUGUACCAACUACAAGGCAGAGUAUGAAGCCAUCAAGACAGCUCUGAGAGUGAUUGAAGAGUCUCCAGAGGACUGCCCACAGAUCGUCAUAUUAAAUGAUGCUCUGUCGGCACUACAGGCCCUAGAACACCACCAGCUGCCUGAACUAUCAGAAGUGCUUUCUCGCAUGUCACAAACCAGACAAAUAGCAUUCCAGUGGAUCCCCGCACAUUGCGGCAUCCCUGGAAAUGAAAAGGCUGAUGAACUGGCAAAGCUAGGAGCGGAAGGUGAUCAGCCCAUGAACCACAUCAGCUACAAUGAGAAGACCACAACCAUCAAAGCAGCAAUGAGGUGCCAGUCAAACAAGGAUGACUACCACUACCUGGACAGGAAGGAGCAAGUAACUAUCUUUAGGCUUCGCACAGGUCAUAAAUGGCUGAACGCACAUAUGUUCAAACUAAAACUAGCUGCCUCUCCUAAGUGCUCUUGUGGACGUGACAACCAAACAGCUGAACAUCUCCUACAACAAUGUCCUCUCCUGGAACAACAGAGAAGAGCCGUGUGGCCACAUGAGACCGGGAUACAAACGAAACUACACGGCGCAAUGGAGGAACUGCAGAAGACGGCAACAUGCAUCGAUGUGGCAGGUCUGAGAUUAUAGCGGUGAACGAGAAGAAGAAGAAGAAGAAGAUAAAUUUGGCUGAUGACAGCAGCUCGGAUUCUGACAGCAGCACAGACACCGCGAGCGAAAUUUAGUGAUAGAUUUUGACCACUGUUUUGUAUUUCAUUUUACUUAAUUAAACUAAAUUGAAUUGAUUAUAAUUUGGUUGAAUUUGGUUCACACACAUUAAACAUAUAUACACCUCUUAUUGAUAGCAAGUUGUCGGAAAUCUUACGGAAAUGAUCGAAAAUUAAUUGAUCAUGUGCAUAGACCGUAUAAUCAUUAUUUGACAGGUAAAUAAAAUCAAACAAUACAGGUGACACAAACAAGUAAUGUAAGUAUGAAUAAUUACUACUCAUCAAUACUCAGAGUCAAACAGCCUAACAUACUCUCUUAAUGUGAAUAUUUACAAUGAGUAUACACUCAAAAACACUGCCACAGAGUAGAUAUGAACUGUGACAAUUACAAAGGAAUAUUGAAUGAAAAGGCAUGAGUUAUCUGUCUUGAUUUGCGAUCAUAAUUAUGUGUUGAUCACUGUAUUAUAGAAUAUAUUAAAUGAUAUACAUUUGUAAAGUUUACAAAAAUGUUACAUGUAUUUUUAUGUAUUUAGAAUCCAACUCUUGUGCACUGUCCACAAAAUUAGUUAUUAAAUGAAAUACUGUAUAGAUUAUGUUUUGAUGUAUGAAAUGCUCGUGUUAUUUUGACAUAAUACUUUGAUUACAAGUAUAAACUAUUGUUUUGUAAAUUAAGUAUAUGUUUCGUCACUUCCAUUUCCUUUUGCCAUUUGCGGCAUUUGUGAUCGAGUGAUUAACUGCACAAUCUCAUGUAAUAUGAAUAACUAUACAAUAUUAUUAUGAUAACAUUUUUGAGAUAGCCAUUUUUCCUUCCAGGUAAUUUGGGCAUUUUUAGAUUCCAAGUCCGGUGGUGAAAUUAUUACCACUGAUGAAAACAUAUUUGUUGAAAGCAAAGUAUGUGAAGAGGGCUCGAAGAAGUACGAUACAGUAAAGCUAGAAUUCAACAAGCGUAUAACGUACAUGUUGGUGAUUAACUGUCGUUGAUUAUGGUUACUAUAAAUGUAAUACAUGUAUUCAAAUCAGAGGUCCGGCAUCAUGGCCUUCAAAAAUAGGGCAUCUUAUUGUCCAAGUUCCGCCAACUAUUACCAGUAACAACGUGGCAGUGUUACAACUGGACAUGGGUCACUCUCUCACAACCUUGAAUGUUCUGCGACAGGCGUACCCGCUCCAAAUAUAACGUGGAUCCGGUCAGACGGAGGACUUCUUCCUGGAUUAGAUGCCGCUCAACUAAGGGUUAUCCUGAGCCGGAAGUGUUGUGGUACAAAGAACCGACCAGGAGUGAAGGAAACACGCAAUUAAUGCAGUUAAAUGACAAUGAGAAAUAUGAAAUAACAAAACUCAUUGCCACGACGACAUUACGUUUCAAAGAAGCCUG